AUGAAGUUCUCAGGUAUAAGGUCUCAUACUUGGGAUGGGGCAGAACGCGGUGGCAAUCGUGUUUCUUUUCAAGAUGGUCUCCCUGAGGAGCUUUGUGAUUUGAGAGCACGUGAGUUUUUGCAUGCUGAGGAUCGCGCACGUGGAAGCUAUCCAUUGCUUGAUUUUUCAAUGGUAUCAAAGACAUUUCCGCAGUCAAGUGCAGAUGACAGAGUACUUGCUGUUACCAAGGCUGCCCUUUUGGCUAUAGAACUUGCUCUUCCCUUGGGCUCAGUAAACACGAACUCUAUCUGGAAGCCAGAAUAUGCAGAGCGGUGGCGAAUAGCGGUGCAAAGAGCACAUGGCCCAUGGGACUUGAUGCGAUGCACCAUGCUUCUUGAAGACAUCAUAUCUGAAGAUUGGACAAAACCUGAGAUUAUGCACCUCAGAUCCUGCUUGUCAGGACGCUGGAAAGCGCUUUCUGAAUCUUCCCCAUCUUCAGUUGCAAUGAGGGCAAUUUUGUUGGACAGGGGUCUGCUUUAUGGGGUUGUUGACAAGAAACCGUAUAUGCUCCUAAAGUCAAGAAAAUGA